GGGUUUGGUUAGUAGGAGGGGGUGAGUUGAUUCGGGACUGCAGACGCUCCGCUCCUCCGCUGGUAUUCCAGGAAUGUGUUGAUCAUGGCGGCCGCAGUGAAGCCCGUGAAGAGCGGACUGCUGGAGCUCCGCGUUACCGUGCACCACUGGAUCCGCGUGCUCGCCACUCUCAGCGAGGACUCGUUCACCGUGAGCCCCGGAGACACCGCCGAUGAGUCCGCGAACAGCUGCUCGCCCGCGCCCGGCGGGGCUGUUAACGGGGAUCCGGCGAACCUCAGCGCCUCCCCGGUGCCGGACACCAUCACGAACGUCAAGCGAACCGUCCGAGUCACCAAACAAGAAGUUGGAGGACUCGGAAUAAGUAUCAAAGGUGGUAAGGAGAAUAAGAUGCCCAUCCUGAUCUCAAAGAUCUUCAAAGGACUGGCAGCGGACCAGACGGAGGCUCUUUACGUGGGCGAUGCGAUUCUGUCCGUCAACGGGUGCGACCUCAGAGAGGCCACUCAUGAUGAGGCUGUUCAAGCCCUGAAGAAAACCGGCAAAGAGGUCAUUCUGGAAGUGAAGUAUAUAAAGGAGAUGUCUGCGUUUUUUAAGGCUGGAACUACGACUGGACCCCCUGUGCUUGACUCCCCUCCAGCCUCCCCACAGAAACAGACGGACCCCGCGCUUAAAGAGAGCCAGACCAUCCAGCUCCGAAUGUGCCACGUGACACGCAAACAGUGUCCGCCGGACACAGAGGACAGGUAUUUCGAGGUGGUGUCGUCAGACAGGAAGAAGUGUGUGUUUCUGCGGGCUAAAGAUCACGCCAUGGCUCAGGCCUGGUACAACGCCAUCCAGACGACCAGCGCAGCGUUACUGAGCAACGCUAGAGCCGAGCUGACCGCCCUGCAGCCCAGACUGAACGUCACACACAUGGGCUGGAUCAUCGAGCAGGGCUCAGAGCGGCCGAUCCUGGCAGUAUUGACGGACAGAGAUCUGCUGCUGUACACAUCUCUACCCGACAGCAAAGACACGCUCAACAGCCCAGAUAAGAGCUAUCCUUUAAUUACCACCAGGCUGGUUCACUCCGGACCGGGGAAGAGUUCAUCGGUGCACGACUCUGAGCUGACGUUCGGUCUGCGUCUGGGCACUGAUCAGGGAGUGGAGACGCAUCUGUUCAGAGUGGACUCGGCUAAAGACCUGUCCACCUGGACGCACCUGCUGGUGGAGGGCUGCCACAGCGCCGCUGAGCUCGUGCAGGAGGUCACCACAGCGUGCAGCUGGAACGGGAAGUCGUGUAUGUUGAGCGUUCACAUAGACAAAGGCUUCUCUCUGUUCACGGAGGAGUCCGGCGUCCGGAGGAACGUCCUUCUCCAGGAGCCCUUCGAGCGUCUGCGCAUGUCCUCCGACGACGGCGUCCGCAUGAUCUUCCUCGACUUCGGAGGACCAGAAGCAGAGAUUCAACUGGACCUUCACUCCUGCCCAAAAACCAUCGUCUUCAUCAUUCACUCUUUCCUGUCGGCCAAGGUCAAGCGGCUAGGGCUGUUGGCAUGACGACGGCGCUUGGAAACCCCGCCUCCACGAGACAAACGCUGGACCACUGGACAUCAAGCCAAACCUCCCAUCACAGACUUCUUCCCAAACCCACAGCCAUUCAGUGAUGAUUUGCUUUUAUUCCUUAUCAUUUUAGUGGUUUGCAUCUCAGCUAAAACAUAAUCACAUAAUCAUACGCUUAAAAAGCAGCAUCAGCUCUGUUCCAGAACCUACGCAGGCAGCUGUCUACUAAGGGAGCAUCUAGUCUGAACUGGUUUGAGACGCUCGUGUCUAAUGCUGCAAUAAGCGUUAAAAUAUACAUAAAAUAGUCCAUUGCAAUAAAAUACAUUUAAAUAAAAAAUAAUUAAAAAAAUUAUAAAUUUAAAUAAAAAUAAAUAAAUAAAUAAAUACACUUAAAAAUAAUAUAUUUAAACAAAAUAAAAAAAUGAAAUAAAAAUAAAAUAAAUGCAUAUAAAAAUAAUACAUUUAAUUAUUAUAGUCAAAUCGGUAAUCUUGAAACUUUAUAAUAAUUUAUCUUGACUCAUCAGCAUCUUAUAUGGAGCCCCCCCAAGCUUGUUGCAGUGCAUUCUGGGAUUGCUUGUAACACAAAGCAUACUUUCCUGACAGGCUUCCUAUGAUGAUGCCUUAAAAGUGUUGUCUAAGAAGGCAGCUCACGAGGUUUUGGAACAGAGCCUGAAAAACGCAGGUGUGCUGAUCAUGACAAGGGCUUUAACGUUUGGCAGCUGAGAGAGCGUUCCAGAUAUUAAUUCUCUAAAUUCAUCUUUCUAUGCUGAGAAAUAAUGUUUUAUCCUGAGUUGACUGUCUUCUGACUUUAAAUAUAACCUUUUAAGACUCGUCAUCUUCCAGAAUAUCUGCUAUGAAUCUAUGCUUGUGUGAAGAGAGAGAAUCGACCCUUUCAAAACCCAGUACUUUAUGAUUAUCAUAAAUGGAUACUGUAAGGGAAAUACGGUUUGGUUUAUCUUUUUCUUUUACAAGCCAAAACUACAAAAAAUAAAACUCUCAACUGAGACUCAGAUUUAGAUUUGGACAAACUUUUACUGAAAGGAGUUUGAGCUGAAAACCUCUUGUAAUUCAGUCUGUGUUCACUGUGUUAUACUGACCUCUAGUGGCCAUAAUGAGCAUAACUCUCUGGCUGUGUUUACAAUACUAUACUAACAUACUGCAUACUAGAUUCGCCAGUUUUGACAGUUUAAUGAAA